UAACAAGAGAGGCUUUAGUAGUCCUAAAUCCACACUGCGGCGGCCUUCAACACUACGACGACGUCCUUCUUUCUCUCUUCAUUCCUUCCUUCUCUGAUUCUGUUUGGUCUGCUCCGACCACGAUUAGGAAUUCCGAAGUUUCAGUUUCACCAAAGAGAUAUCUGUCGAAACAUCGAUGGGUCGGAAGAAGGCGCUGGUGAUCGAAGACGACGAGUACUCCGUCGGAACUGAAGACAGUAAGGUCGAGGAUGAGAAGGUUGUUGCUCCUAGUAUAGGGAAGAAGGGCAAGAAGGGAAAUUCAAAAGCUGCAAAGAGAGAUGAAGAGUUUAAUGAGGAUGACGAAGUUGUCUUCACUGGGAAGAAGAAGAGCAAGUCGAAGAAGAAGAGCGGUGGGAAUGCGUUCAGCUCAUCAAGCUUCGGAAUUCUUGAGGCUGCUGAGGAGGAGGAGGAUGUGCAGUCUGUGGUGACAGGUAAUAGUGAGGAGGAGGACGAGGAGGUGUUGAAAUUUUCGGAGUCGAAGAAGCCCAAGUUGAAUAAGAAAACCGGGGGGACAGCUUUCGAUGCCAUUGGCGAUGAAGGGGAUAGUGAUGGCGUGGUGGAUGAUGAUGAUAUUGUGAAUAAAAGUAAUGCAGCUGACGACGAUGACAAUGAGGACGAGCCUGCAAUUGUUUUUACAGGGAAGAAGAAAGCAUCCAAGGGUGGAAAGAAGGGUGAGAAUGUUGUGUCGACCAGCUUCCUCGCCCUUGAAGAUGAUGAUGAAAACAAUGAUGCGGAUGAAAAGAAUGAUGAGGAUGACGACAUAUCUAUGAUCACAUUCACUGGUAAGAAGAAGAAGUCAAAGAAGAAAGUUGGGAGUGAAAUUGCUGAUUUAGUUGAUCCUGAACAAACUACUGCGCCAACAAGUAAGGUUGAAGUUGAUGAUUCUCAUCUUUCUACGACUAAAGAUGCAGAACCUUCAAAGAGUAAGAAAAAGAAGAAGAAGAGGACAGCCCAAGAAGAGGAUGAUUUGGAUAAAAUUCUUGCAGAGCUAGGUGAAAUUCCACAGAAACCUGCCCCUCCUCAGAUUAAUGAGGAGAAAGCUGAGGUUCCGGUUGAUACAUCUGCUUCAAAAGAAGCUCAAGAAGAAGGAACCGUGGAGUCUGCUGCAGCAAAGAAGAAGAAAAAGAAGAAGGAGAAAAAGGCGGCUGCAGCAUCUUCUGUGGAUGUCAAGGAUGAGAAACAAGAAGCAGCAAAAAUUGAGCCAGCAAUUGAACCAAAGAAGAAGGAAGUGAAAGGCAAAGCGGCUGAAAAGAAGGUGCCUAAACAUGUCAGGGAGAUGCAAGAGGCCCUUGCUAGGCGACAGGAAGAAGAAGAGAGGAGGAGAAAGGAAGAAGAGGAAAAACUGAAGAGAGAAGAAGAGGAGAGACGUAAGCAGGAAGAACUUGAGAUGCAAAAGGAAGAGGCAAAACGGAUGAAAAAGGAGAAGGAAAAGCAAAAGAUCCUAGAGUUGAAGAAGGCAGGUUUAUAUAAAACUCCCAAGCAAAAAGAAGAGGAGAAACGGCGUCAGCAAAUGAGAGAGCAGCUUCUUAAGAAUUUACCUAACGCAGACAAUGAAAAACCAGCUAAGAAACCCUUAUAUCAGAAAAACAAGUCAAAACCAGCUGCUACAAAGCCUGUGGAAGUCAAAGAAGAAAGCCAGCAAGUUACUGUCCCGGAGCUUCAUUAUGUGGAAAUUGAAAAGGUUGAAGAGCAGGAAUCUGUUGAAGUUUCUAAAUCUGUUGAAGACAAUGCAUUGGUUCAAGAAGAGGAUGAUGAUGACGAUGAUGAUGAAUGGGAUGCAAAGAGCUGGGAUGAUGACGCUGUUGUUAAUCUUUCAUUUAAAAGCGGAUUUUCUGAUGAAGAGGUUAAACCUGUUGCGAAUAAAGGGAUGAAACCUGCAUCAUCUGUUCAUUCUCAACCAUUAAAGCGUCAUGUGGUUGAAAUGCAGAAGAAACAAGCCGAGGUUGAACCUGCUGUGAAUAAAGGGAUGAAACCUGCAGCAUCUGUACCUUCUCAACAAUUUAAGCCUCAAGAGGUUGAGAAUCGGAAAAUACAAGUCGAGGUGGAAGCUGAUAAUGCUGCUGGAAAGAAAGAAGCACAAACUUCAGAUUCCGCCUCUAAAGAGGAUCAUAGUGAUCUACGCUCUCCCAUUUGCUGCAUUAUGGGCCAUGUUGAUACUGGUAAAACUAAACUUCUGGAUUGUAUCCGAGGCACAAAUGUUCAGGAGGGUGAGGCCGGAGGUAUCACGCAACAGAUUGGUGCCACGUACUUCCCAGCGGAAAACAUCCGUGAGAGGACUAAGGAGUUGAAAGCUGAUGCAAAGCUGAAAGUCCCAGGUCUAUUGGUCAUUGAUACCCCUGGGCACGAGUCAUUUACUAAUUUAAGGUCACGGGGUUCAGGUUUAUGCGAUAUUGCAAUUUUGGUUGUUGACAUUAUGCACGGCUUAGAGCCUCAAACAAUAGAGUCGCUCAAUCUCUUGAAAAUGAGGAAUACAGAAUUCAUCGUAGCAUUGAAUAAGGUGGAUAGACUCUAUGGAUGGAAAACCUUCCGUAACCAGCCAAUACGGAAGGCAAUGAAGCAGCAAUCGAAGGAUGUAUUAAAUGAGUACGACAGGAGGGUUACGGAGAUUAUCACUCAGUUCAAGGAGCAAGGCUUAAAUACUGAACUGUACUAUAAGAAUAAAGAAAUGGGAGAAACAUACAGCAUCGUACCUACAAGUGCCAUUAGUGGUGAAGGGAUUCCAGACUUGUUAUUACUAUUGGUUCAGUGGGCCCAGAAAUCAAUGGUUGAGAAACUUACAUACAGCAAUGAAAUUCAGUGUACGGUAUUGGAAGUCAAGGUUAUUGAGGGCCUUGGAACAACAAUCGAUGUUGUGCUGGUUAAUGGUGUGCUUCAUGAAGGAGAUCAGAUAGUCGUUUGCGGCAUGCAGGGACCUAUUGUUACUUCAAUUCGAGCUUUGUUGACACCACAUCCCAUGAAAGAACUUCGUGUCAAGGGAACAUAUCAGCAUCAUAGUCAAAUCAAAGCUGCACAAGGUAUCAAGAUCACAGCACAGGGACUCGAACAUGCUAUUGCUGGCACUGCUCUAUAUGUUGUUGGGCCUCUUGACGACUUGGAUGAUAUCAAGAAAACCGCUAUGGAGGAUAUGAAAUCAGUCUUAAAUAGGAUUGACAAGAGUGGUGAGGGAGUUUGUGUACAAGCAUCCACUCUUGGAUCACUGGAAGCAUUGCUAGAGUUCCUGAAAACACCGGAAGUUAAUAUUCCUGUUAGUAGUAUUAACAUUGGCCCUGUACACAAGAAGGAUGUGAUGAAGGCCAGUGUAAUGCUUGAAAAGAAAAAGGAGUAUGCUACUAUCUUGGCAUUUGAUGUUAAGGUGACACCUGAGGCCCGGGACAUUGCAGAGGAGUUGGGUGUGAAGAUUUUUCUUGCUGAUAUAAUCUAUCACUUAUUUGACCAAUUCAAGGCCUAUAUCGACAAUCUCAAAGAGGAAAAGAAGAAGGAAGCUGCUGAUGAAGCUGUUUUUCCGUGUGUGCUCAAGAUUUUACCCAACUGUGUUUUCCGAAAAAAGGAUCCAAUUCUCUUGGGUGUUGAUGUCCUUGAAGGCAUUGCAAAGGUAGGGACUCCAAUUUGCAUUCCUCAGAGAGAUUUCAUUGAUAUUGGGCGCAUAGCAUCCAUCAUGAAUAACAACAAAACUGUAAAUAUAGCGAAGAAGGGGCAGAAGGUAGCUAUCCAGAUCGUACCAACAAAUUCUGACGAGCAGCAAAAGAUGUUUGGUAGGCAUUUUGAAAUGGAAGACGAACUUGUCAGCCAUAUCUCCAGGAGGUCGAUUGAUGUACUUAAGACUGCCUAUCGGGAUGAAUUGUCAAUUGAAGAGUGGAAGCUAGUUGUGAAAUUGAAGAGACUUUUUGAGAUAUCAUGAGAAGCAGAGAAUCAUAUUCUGAGUUAUUUGAUUUGACACACUCGGGGCUUCACUAGCAUCUGGAAAUCAUUAAAACGGCAAGAGGCUAAUGCGACCCUUUAGCUGCGGCAAUGCUGCCAAUGCAUGUAGGCACUAAAGUUCAAAUGAGAGUGUGGAGACAGAGUUGGGACUGUUCUAAUUUUGAUCAUUUUAGGCCCAGCUAUGAAGUGCAAUUGCCGCAUUCGCUUGUUUACAUAGUUAUGAAUCUUUUGAUUCUUGAUGCAUGCCGUGGGGUAUUCAACUAGGCUGUAAAUAUGGUAAACUUUUCAUACAAAUUGUUGACUAUGUGGAAGCAAAAUCUAGUGUUUAGGCCCGCGGAAAUCUUCAACUGCUUUUCAGAUUCCGAAAUGAAUACUGUGCAAAUUAGUGUU